AUGGGCCAAAGCGGUCAGGCCCAUGUACCUGGUGGCCGUGCAACAAUUCAUCAUCGACCAAGCCUUCCAUCCUUCUCUGCUCUGUUCCUGGCGAGUUCAACGGCAAACGAUGGCGGCGCCGGCGAGGGGACGAACGGUGAGCAAGACGAAGACGCGUGCGUCGUCUUCCAGGCCGGCCUUGCCUCCGCCGUGCUGGAACAGGAACUGGAACUGGAAGCAAGCCGCCGGGUCAUGUCAGCCAUGGUCACCAUGUCUAGUCUCAGCCGCUCACCGAAGCCGUCGCCAUGCCUGGAGCCAAGGGAGCGGAUGUGGCGAGGAUCGGUGCCAAAUGGAGGUGCCCGCCAAUGAAAGACGUCGCCGAGAAUGAUCACCUUGUUGAACAGUAUAGCGCAGAACAAUCAUGGACCAUCAGCAAAGUCGGAUCCCAGGUAGACUCAACAGCUCUGUUCUGUGACA